CAUGUGUUGUCCCGUAGAGACGCUUCCACCAAUCUCAACAUGCUUAAACUCGUGUUCGACGAUCUUCUUGAUGUUCUUGAUGAUGUGGACAUCGUAGAUUCCAUCAUUGACUACAUUAAACCAACAGAUAUUCAGGAUCUGAGCAUCACUACUAAAUGUUUUAUUUGGAAUCUACCUCAACUCUCUGCUUGUCGCUCCCUCACCACCCUGCACCUGGCAGGCAUAGUAACUAACAGCGCAAUGUUUGAUUCUGUUUCCCUACAACACUUGUAUCUUUUUCAAUGCGAGUUCGAGUAUUUGGUCCAUGAGAAUGAUCCUUUCAGCGGUUGUCCCAAUUUGAGGUGUCUGUCCCUACUUGAUUGUUCUUACGUUGGCAAUAUUCACAAGUUUGAAAUCCAUGCUCCCCAGCUGACGGACUUGACCAUAUCCAAUAUGCGAAAGGAAUCAGGCUUUGCGAUUGAGCUUUUUACUCCAAAGAUUCAAUCUUUUAGAUAUAGUGACAACUAUUAUCUUUGUGAUUUUUUCAUUAAGGGAAACCUUUCCUUUGUAGAGAGAGUGAAUAUUGAUUUAGGCGGUUUUCGGCCCAACGAAGAAUUCACCAAGGCCACUAAUUUGUCUCUUAAGCUGAGUAAAUUGUUUGAAGCGAUGGGGAGUGCAAAGUUUGUAUCCUUAUCACCUCGUAUCAUUCAUGUUCUGUCUGUGGUUCAUCCUCCUCUACGGUGUGGUCGGUCUUCUCCUUUCACUAGCUUGAAGAAUUUUGAGUUAAUAACGGAUACACAUAUCCCGAUUUGA